CUGGUUUGGGGUGACGUUUCCUUCCCGCGCAAAUUGAGCGGGAGUGGCUGAGAGGAGGAGGAGGAGGAGGAGGAGGAGGAGGGGCUGGAGUCUCCUCGCCCGCCCCCAACCAUGAACGUAGAACAACAACAACAACAACAACAGCAGCAGCCGGUCACAACUUCACCUAGGACACCAACAACAACGGCAGUCAAAGCGGAGUGUGAAGAAGAGGAGAAGGAGGAAGAAGAGGAAGAAGAAGAUGUCGGCCGGAACAGUCAGCAGAUCCACCCCUAUGUGGGGCAGAAAAUGCUUCGGAGAGUGUCACAAAGCCUGCUGACAGCGACUCGGAUGAGAAAGCUUUUGAAACUGAUGACAACCCAAACACAGAACAUGAUAUCGACUUCACUUUACUCCGAUAACCCCCCUGAGAGUGAGGAGGACACAGAGGAGGAGGUGGAGGACACGGCGGGUCCUUCUGAUAACGAAUGGAAAUCAAAGAAAGGGCAAAUUCUCUGGUCUCCCACUCCUCCUGAGACACUUGGCCACGCUCCAGGCACUGGUGGGACCCCGGGUCCCACGCGGUACGCCACCAGCCAUAUCAGCACUUUGAAGUCUUGCUUCGAUCUGUUCGUGACAGAGAAGAUCAUCAAGCUCCUCGUGGACACGACAAAUGUGCAGGGGAAACAUUCCAUUAAAGAUUGGAAGGACUUAGAUGCCACUGACAUGGAGGCAUACAUCGGGAUACUGAUUCUGGCCGGCGUGUACAGGUCACGUCGAGUCGACCCGCAGCCUGUGGGAUGACCACACCAGACGCGCCAUCUUCUGUGCCACCAUACCCCUCCGUAAAUUCAACCUUAUAAGCUCUUGCGUGCGGUUUGAAGACGAGCUGACUCGACCUGCACGUUGUAGGAAAGACAAGCUGGCUGCCUUUUGGACCAUCUGGGAGAAGUGGGUGCACUGCCUCCCCCUUCUGUUCAAACCGGGCCAGGAUGUCUGUGUAGACGACCAGCUCGUCCAAUUCGCCUUUACCGAGACGCACACAGCGGUGUCCUACGUACUGAAACAGGGGAAGAGCGUGUUGGUCCUCUAGACUACGACCACUGCAAAGGAGCGGUCGACAACCUGGAUAGGCUUAUAGGCACCUACAGCUGUAAGAGAAGGGCCAGUCGGUGGCCCCUGGCUCUCUUUUACCACAUCCUGGACGUCUCUGCAUUCAACGCAUUUGUGCUGUGGACAGCUGUGGAGCCCUCCUGGAUGCAGGGCAAGACCUUCAGAUGGAGGCUGUUCAUGGAGGGACUGGGGAAAAUGCUGGUGGCCCCGCAAAUUCUGCGGAGACAGCACGUCCCACGCACACCAGCCGCCGCUGCCAUGGUGGCGGAUCUGCACCAGUGCGCGCCGCUGGAAAGCGAAGAGAAGGAGUCGGAGGUAUUGCGAGUUCUGCCCUAAAAAAAGGAUGAAAGUCGCCACUACCUGCACCAGGUGUAACAAGUAUAUCUGUUGUAUAACCCCACACAACCUUAUACUGCAGGUACUGUAGCUACUGCAGCACAUGAACAGAAGUGAACUCUCUUUCACACACAUUCAGACACAGUUCUCAUAGUUGUUUUUAUAUUUUCGCUGUUCUUGAUAUUUGAAGAAUAAAUCUGGUUCUUGUUCAAGGUGA